AUGAGUCACUCAGCAAGGCCCAAUGGGGUCCAUGAGCAGCUUCGCUACAUCCCUCUUGGGUACGACAACGAUUGCUCGGAAAAAUCAGCAUUGGCUCUGGUCUUCAACCUUCGACCGGAGUGGGAGCAUUCGGAGGGGCCAAUUGAGAUCGUCAAAUUCAAGGACGGAAUUACCAAUACCCUUCUCAAAAUUGUCAAGAAAAUACCUAAAAAGUCGACCGAGCAAAUAGACGAUGAGGCUAUCCUCCUACGCGCAUACGGGAACAACACCGACAUUCUAAUAGACCGGGACCGAGAAGCACAAUCACAUGGUCUACUUGCAGAGCGCGGUCUGGCCCCGCCUUUACUGGCACGAUUCAACAACGGCCUGUUGUACAAUUUCAUUCAAGGUCGGGUCUGCACGCCUCAAGAUCUUAUUAAGGAAAAUGUUUGGCGAGCUGUUGCACGAAGGCUGGGAGAAUGGCAUAACGUACCUCUUCCUGACGACUAUCAUCGUGAGACUGUGACAAAUGGCGUCAAGGGCGCCUACGCCAACGGCCAUACUCCUGCGAAAAACAAGCCAACACCAAAUAUUUGGACUGUCAUGCAAAAGUGGAUCGAUGCCCUCCCUACGGACACAUCAGCUGCUCAAAGCCGAAAGUCGCAGUUACAAGCAGAGCUUGACCGGUCAUUCCGCGACCUAGACUCUGUAGGUUGUUCAGAAGGGCAUGGAAUGAUAUUUGGGCAUUGCGACCUUCUCAGUGCUAAUGUUAUCAUCCUACCCAAUGGACGGAAGACCAACGCUGCCAACGACUCCGAAUCUGAAACAGUAAGAUUUAUCGACUACGAAUAUGCUACUGCCUGCCCCGCUGCUUUCGAUGUCGCCAACCACUUUGCUGAGUGGGGCGGCUACGACUGUGACUACACCAUGUUGCCAAGCCAAUCAGUCAGGAGAUCCUUUCUAAAGGAAUAUUUGAGGGCCGUAACGGCGUGGCCGCGAGACGUGAACCUGAAAGAAGAUAUGGUUCAGGAUAUGCUGAAGCAGGUAGAUGACUUCAGAGGCAUUCCAGGCUUGUACUGGGGCAUUUGGGCGCUGAUACAAGCCACAAUCUCACAGAUUGAUUUUGACUAUGCAUCUUAUGCAGAGGUCAGGUUGGGUGAAUACUUCGCCUGGCGCGAAGAGACGGAUGGUAUCAGAAAGGCAGAAGGUAAGGAAAUGCCUCUGCGUGAGCGAUGCUGGGCCAGAUUGGGGUGA